AUGUGUGCACCCGCCUCAGCCACGCUCCUGGCGCUCGUGCUGGCAGGCGCUCUGGUCUGCGACUCUGCGGCGGCCGCCCGGCCCCUGCACCUCGGCUCCGACAUCACACAGCAACCCGCUGCCACCCACGCUGCCGCUGCCAAGCUCGGCCACGUCGCCGCCUGGCGCCGCGCCCUCACCCAGGUCACCCACACUGGGGCGGCCCUCACCGCAGCCCAGGCCGCCACCAGCAGCGCCGGCGCGUUUGGCCGGGCCACCAGCGACGGGUAUGGAUCAUCCGCGGUGGCUGGCAACGGCGCCAUCAGCGCCACGGCGAGCCUGGACUGGGACUUUGACAAGAGCGGCGCAGCAGAUGGCUCCGGCAGCGAUGGCGGCUCGCAGCUGCUGGAGGGCGGCGGCGGCCAGGGCGGGGGCGAUGAGGACAUGACGACGCUGUUUGCCAAAGACAUGGCCAACCUUGACAAUGGCAGCAGGGGCAGCAGUGGCAGCAGAGGCGGCAGUCCCUGA